AUGCUAAAACUAACCGAAAGUCCAAAGCUUACAAAUACUUCUAUAAAAUUCAGCUCUUUCCUCAAAUAUGGUAAAACUUUUUAUAAAAUAAAUUGUAUUUUAGUUUUUAAAAUGUUAAAUUUACAAUACAAGAUCGAAACCGCAUAGCUAAAGCAAAUUGCAGAACAAAUGGAGUUUUUUAAGAUUUUUUGCUAAAAAAAUAUUGCUUCUACCAAAAACAAGCUGAUUUUAUACAUUUAAGAAUAUAUUUCCCACCAAUAUACUCUAAAAUCUUAAUACAUAAACUUUAGAUAAAGUGGAGCUCUUUCAUUUUUAAGAAAGUUUUUUCUAAGACUUAAAAAGAAUUUCAAAGCUAUUAAAAAUAAUACUUAAAGAAUAAUAAAUGAGAUAGAAACAUAAUAACCAAUUUGCUUGGUAACAAAGGCUAACUACUCCAACAAAUAAUUUAACCAAGUAAGGAAUAUUGUGAAUUUAAACAAAGAUAAUAGUUGA